AACAUGUGUGCAGUUAGCAGAAUACAAGGACAGAGGUGACACAUUUGUCUGAGAAACUUCUGUCAGUUGCCACGAUGAAAAUUUCGGUACGGGUUCGUGGGGAGUGGCUGCAAGUGCCAUGCAGGAAUGGAGAAAUGACUGUGCGGUGGCUGGGAGACGAGUCAGUCCGCAGAUACAACAAGCUGCAGAAACAAGACGAUAUCAAGGAAAACAGGGAAAUGGAGAAGGCGCAGGAAGUAAGGAAGACCCGUGGUGGGGUUAUCCUAGACCCUGACGACAAUAUCAGAGACGUCCUUGACGAUAAUGACUUUGUAACCGUUGUGGUUGCAUCUGAACGCUCAACAACAGGAACAAUAAUACCAGAAAAUCUUAAACACAUUCUGGAACCAGUCCCUGCAAAAUACGAACCACCAGAUGAGCAUAUUUUCUUGGAUGGUGAAAGUUUGUCAACAAAUGAUCUUAGACAGCUUGGUAAAGGCCGCUACAAAAUUAAGCUGACACAUGAAGCUGAAAUUAAAGUGAAGAAUGCUAGAGAACUUGUUGAGAAAAUUCUUCAGGAGAAAAAAGUGGUUUAUGGAAUUACAACAGGAUUUGGAAAAUUUGCCAGAACUGUGAUUGACUGCGACAAACUAGAGGAACUACAGUAUAACCUCAUCAGAUCACAUGCAGCAGGAGUUGGAACACCGCUAAAUCCUGAGAAAACACGCAUGUUGCUCGCACUCCGAAUAAAUGUCCUGGCUAAAGGACACAGUGGCAUCUCGCUCACCAAUCUCUAUGCUCUAAUAAAGGCAUUCAAUGCAUCAUGUUUAUCAUGGGUGCCUGAGCAGGGCUCUGUUGGUGCCUGUGGGGAUCUGGCACCACUAGCUCACCUUGCUCUUGGUCUUCUUGGAGAAGGGAAAAUGUGGAGCCCAGAAACAGGCUGGGGUAAUGCCAAAGAUGUACUGGCAGCCCAUGGUUUGUCUCCCAUGAGACUUAAUGCCAAGGAAGGAAUAGCACUCACUAAUGGAACCCAGCUGAUUACAUCACUAGGAGCUGAGGCCGUUGAGCGAGCAUACUACAUCGCACGUCAAGCUGAUGUUGUGGCUGCACUCACACUUGAAGUUCUCAAAGGGACAUCCAGAGCAUUUGAUUCAGAUGUCCAAAUGAUUCGUCCCCAUAAGGGGCAGAUUGCAGUAGCUAAAAGAUUAAGAGCUUUGCUCCAUUCAGAAACACACCCAUCGCAAAUUGCAGAAAGUCAUCGUUUCUGUAACAGAGUGCAAGAUGCUUACACACUGCGAUGUUGUCCUCAAGUACACGGCAUUGUUCAUGACACUAUUGAUUUUGUCCAAGGUGUCAUCACUGUGGAGAUGAAUAGUGGCACAGAUAAUCCGAUUGUAUUUGCUGAGCGUGGGGAAAUCAUAUCAGCUGGGAACUUCCAUGGAGAAUAUCCAGCAAAAGUGCUUGAUUACCUUGCUGUGGCUGUUCAUGAGUUAGCUUCAAUGAGUGAAAGAAGAAUUGAAAGGCUAGUGAAUCCUGCACUGAGUGAGCUACCUGCCUUCCUUGUGAAGGAUGGAGGCCUUAACUCUGGGUUCAUGCUGGCACACUGUACAGCCGCUGCAUUAGUGUCAGAGAACAAGGCCUUGUGUCAUCCAGCAUCAGUUGAUUCACUUAGCACAAGUGCUGGGACAGAGGAUCAUGUCUCCAUGGGGUGUUUUGCUGCAAGGAAAGCUAUACAGGUGGUUGAAAAUGUGGAGAGAGUAAUCGCCAUUGAACUGUUAGCUGCUUGCCAAGCCAUCGAGUUUCUACGCCCACUUAAGACAACAGUUCCUCUGGAGGAAGUGUACAAUGUUGUACGAAGUGUUGUCAGGCCUUGGGACAAAGACCGCUACAUGGCACCAGAUAUCGAAGAAGUUACUAACCUCUUGCUGGAAGACAAGAUCUGGGGGGCUGUUCAACAUCACAUCACUUAUUAUCAUGCUCCAGAGGAGAUGGAAACACGUGUCUUCAGCCCUACUGCUGUUAUGAUUGGUGACAAACAAAGAGAACGAGCCAAUUCUGAAUCUCCAUCUAAGAAACGGCGCCUUGAGUGAAUGGAAUCAGCACACCCAUUUGGAAUGGAAAUUGACAAGUUGUUAACAACUGCCUGAUCCCCAAGAUAGAGGAUCAUUCUUUGUAAGCUCUACAAAACUGCUUAUUCAUGUAUUUUCAGCUGCAUCAAUAUCUGAAUGCUGUCUUGUCCAUCAGCAACCUAAAGACGUCCUGCCACGGUGACACAUGAAUCACUUAAUAUGGAAAGUUACAAAAACAAUAUAAAAUUGCCUAUAAGAAAUUUAAAAGACAUUAACUGCUCAGUACUGUAUUGAUAUUUGGAAUUCCUUUUAUCACAUAUGACUAGUAUAUACAAAUAAUAGUUUCUGUUGCAGAAUACAAAAAAUAAGCAUUCUAGUUCCAAUGGACAUGUAUGCUCUGGUUAAUGCUUCUGGUCUAAAUGUCUAGAUGUUAUUUUGUAGGCUGGACCUAUAGAAAAACUUAUUUUUAACAAAUAUUAUAUAUCUUAUAAUAUACAGUCAACUCUCAAUUAUCCAGGAUAAUGGUGG